AUGCCGCCCGACCGCAACGGAAGGAAUGCUUCAGUGGCUACCGCUCACGCACAGCCCGAUGUGGACUCAAAUCGGACAAGGAGAUCACUGUCUUCCCAUGCCACUACGUCCAUGUCCACAGGACGCAGCGCUACCCAAUUUCAAGGAGGCUUCUCUUGCGAUCUAUGCUACAGACGCAAAGUCAAAUGUGACCGCGGUAAUCCCUGCGGGUAUUGCACCCAGAGAAAGAUGGAAUGCGUUCCUUCGGUCGUCGAAACUUCCGACAGACCUCGAAAACGUCGGUUUCCAGAAGCCGAGCUGCUGCUCAGGAUCAAGCGGUGAGCGAUGCGUGCAUAUGGCAAGACAAGGCGAUUGAUUGUGCAGACUGAUCAAAAGCCUUUUGAUAUUGUACGCUUAGCUACGAAGCUGCUUUGCACGCCUACGGCGCCGAUGUGGAUGCCAUCCGCGACGGUACGGCAACACCUGGAGCUAGCGAUGGUACUAGCGCAGAGCCUGUUCCGGGCGAGGCGCACAACCUUUCCCUGACCGAGCCCCCCUCCGAGUCCGGCGAAUAUGCAGAGACUGAUCCAGAGCAAGAAUUUGAUCAAAUUCAAGGUUUAUUGGAGAUUGACGAAUCUGGUCGUCGCAGACCUCAAGCUUUGCUUCGUCACUUGGAUGGCAUCUUCACCAAUGAUUCUUCCCACCUCUUCUUUGGCAAAAAGUGCGAAGCUUGUCAAGCUCCUAAGCCAGUCUUUGGCGAUUUGCAUCAUCCGGACCCUUUCGUGAUGCUCAAGCUGUGGCAGAUAUACCUAGACAAUGUACAUCCAAUCGUCAAGCUCGUGCACGCACCCGCCGUUCAACGCAAAAUGGCCGAUCUCGGCUCAAACAUGGGCGACGCCCCGGCGUCUCAUCAAGCGCUCUUUUUCGCAAUCUACUCGUGCGCAAUCAACUCACUGAGGCCAUCAGAGUGCCAAGAGCUACUGGGCUACGACCGAGACUCGCUUUUGGAGCGAUGUCAACAAGCUGCAGUCCUCUGGUUGAGCAAGGCAGAAUUGUGGCGUACGAGCGAUCUCACCGUGCUACAAGCGCUCAUCAUUCACCUGACGAACAUCUCUGCAUCCACUGAUCCGCGCUCAUAUCUAUGCUUCGUAGGCAUGGCUGUCCGACUUUCCCAGCGCCUGCGGAUUCAUCGACCCAUAUCUAUCAAGCCACCUCAAGCGCGCCUGACAACCACGUUCAAGGUGCAACCAGAAACCAUCGUGGAAGUUGAGUUGUCAAAACGGCUGUGGUACGAGCUCAGCUCAUUGGAUCUAAGAGCGUCAGAGAAGAGUAGUGAGUAGUGGUGCUACGACAGCCCAAUGAGCCCAGCGAUCUAACGCCGCAGGCUUUCCCCUGGCUCAAGGCAUGGGAACGGGUGAGCUUUGGGGCCAAGCCUACCUUGAUCUUCCGGCGCCUCUGAGCGAUGCGGAUCUCGCUGCUGCUUCGAAUCUCCCGACCGCGAACAGCGUUGCGACACCAUCGUCAGAGAUGCUGUUCUGUAUGAUCCGCGCCGAAUGGGUUCGUCUGCGAGCUGACGUUCGAGAGCGUCAAGGGCCCAGAUCUGGCUACACGGAAUUCAGCUCGGCACGUAUACCCUUCAUGACCAAAUUGAAGAUCAUUGCCGAUUGGACGGAAAAGGUGCAGGACAGAUGGCUCAGACACUGUAAUGAAGCGAUUCCCCAGCACGCCUUCGCCACGCUUUGGACAGGCCACAUCGUUUGUCGGAUGAAGAUGACGAGCUACCUGUGCGAGGAGAUGGCCCUUGAACGCAAAUUCAUCGAGACGCGCGACCCAAAUACAAAGGAUCAAGUCGCCCGAGUUCGGGAGGAGCUGACCGCAAUAUGCUGCGACGGUCUAGACCAAGCAAACACCUUGCGCAACGCAAAACGCUUCGAAGGGUUCUCAUGGUGGACCCUCUCUCACAUGCCUUUUGUCCUCCUUGUGCAUCUCAUCCGACUUCUUCGCGUGAUUCUAGUCGGACCGCUGGCUGAUCGCGGCUGGAUAUGCGUGUCUGAGAACUCCAGUGCUUUUAAACGGAUCGUUCCCGCCACGAGCACCUUCAUUCGCGCCAGACGCUGGGGUCAGCUGUUCGACCCCCUCAUACUCGGCGCUUGGAAGGCGAGACGAGCGGUGUUGGGAAUGCAACCUCACGAACCUGAUCCGGAAUUCAUCAAGGAGAUCUGUCGAAGGUCGGAUAUCAUCAUGUACGAUCGCAGCGCACAGUACACCAGGGCUGCGACGGACAGCACGCAGCUUGCUGACAUCACGGACGCACCAGGAGAAUUUCCUUCGGGACAGACGCCCAAUGUAGGCAUGUCUUCAAGUCAAGAACCCGAUCAGGAUCAGGUGGACUGGCUCGUCUCUCUGCUGGGCGAUGCCGAUCACGAUUUUGACUGGCAAAGCUGGCUCAACCAGCCCGCGGGAAACUCUUUCGAUAUGACGAAGCUGCAACCAACGCUUUGA